AUGGGACAAAUAAGGCCCGUCGAGUCCGACUCCAGGCUGCACACAGAACGCCCCAGUUCAGACCCCCGUCUCACAUCCUCGUCCCGAUGCCCCUCCAACUCCGGCAGCUCAGCGCCGCCACCGCCGCCCAAGCAGUCCGUCCCACGCCCGCCGCCCCGCAGCGAAGAACCCCUUGCCGAUACCCAGCCGGACCUCUCCUUCGCUCCGCUAAGAGAACGGCGGCAGGAGCGCUUCUCAGCCCGCAGCACGUUUAGCAAAGCGCGCCGCAAGCCCUCCGCCUCUCCGCGGCCCGGCGCCGCCCGGAUGCGGGCCCUCAGCCGGAAGCGGCCCCGGCCCGGCCCCGCGCAAGCGCGCUACUCCGGCGCGGCGCUGGCCCCGCUUCCCGCCGUGCGCGGCGGCCAUUGGCUGCGGGCGGCUCCUCCCCGCGCCUCGGGCGGCGCGGCCGGCGGGGCGACGCGGGGCUCGGGGCCGUGCGGGGCCGGCCGUGCGGGGCCGGAAAGCCCCGGGCCCUGGGCCGCCCGGGUGCGGGCCGCGCCAUCGCCGCUAACGGCCGGCCCCGCUCGCCGCGUCGCGGAGGAGAGGCGGUACGAGGAGGAGGAGCGGGACGACGACGACGACGAGGCGGAGCGGAGCCUGCGGACGGCCUUCAAGAGGCUGCGGCUGGACGAGGCGCGCAGAUGGAUCGCGGCGCAGCCUGCGGGCGACGGGACGGUUCUCACGGCGCCGAGGAGAAGAGAUGCAGACGGAGCCCCGCAACCGUCCGUCUGCCAGGAAGCACGGAAUGGGUGUGAGAGGACCUCCGGAGGAUCGGCCGGUCUCUCACGGCAGAGACGUUCCAGGUCUCCUGUCCUAUCCAUGUGUGGAACAGCCUCCUCCAGUUCACCUGCGUUCUACUCUGAGGAGGCCCACACUUACGUAGAUGAUACAAGUGUGGAAGACCUAACAGGAUACCUGGAGCACUAUUUAUUCCAAAGAAAAUGUCUCCCAUGGCUGAAAUGA